UUCACACCAAACGGAAGUAAAAGAUCACCCUCUAAAACGAAGCACAGUUACUCUUACGAUUACGCGAAUACUCAAACUUAUUCCUUUUCCAUGCAUGUCUGGCAUAAUAAUAAAUAAUUUUGAGGGAAAGAUCUACAUCAAAUAUUUAUUUCCUAAAAUUUAUAAUUUGUAUUAUAAUUUUAUUUAAAAAAACCGAUUAUCAGGCCAGCCGAGACGUCCAAACUCGGUCGAGGGGUUCUGGGCAGUCGGGCAGACGACAGAUGGCAUUGGAUAAGCAAUAGCAUUAGCAUCCCCGAGUUUCCAGGGUCUCAACAAUGGAAGCUUUGGGACUUCUACCUCUCAGCACACUUCCCUGUUCGCGUUCCACCUUUAUCAAAGGGAGAACCUAUUAUCACCUCAACCUUUCUGAGCCAUCUUCUCUGAAAUUUAGACCCAUUAAUGGAAUUCACCACAAGCAUUCAGGUGUUAUUAGGAUGAGGGUUGAUGAAGAAGAGUACGAGCUGAAGCAAAUGAAGGAUAUGACUGCAGCUCGGAAGAGAUGGGAGGCUCUGGUAAGGGAAGAAAAGGUUAAAGUUCUUACACCAAGGGAAGCUGGGUAUGCUAUUCAACUCUCGAACAAAACCCUACUUGAUGUUCGCCCCUCUACGGAGCACAAAAAGGCAUGGGUUAAACACUCAACCUGGAUUCCGAUCUUUGAUGUUGAUAAUAGAUUUGAUGCUGGAACUCUUUCCAAAAAGAUCACAAAUUUUACGAUGGGAGGUUGGUGGAGUGGUGUGCCUACAUUGUCUUAUGAUAACCGAUUCUUGUCAAAAGUUGUGGAGAAAUUUCCAAAAGAUACAGACCUCAUAGUUGCUUGUCAGAAGGGAUUGAGAUCUCUAGCUGCUUGUGAGCUACUGUACAAUGCUGGCUACAGAAACCUUUUUUGGGUUCAAGGGGGCCUGGAGGCUGCUGAAGAAGAGGAUCUUGAGAGAGAAGGUACUCGGCCUUUCAAGUUUGCUGGAAUUGGUGGAGUUUCAGAGUUCCUUGGUUGGACUGAUCAACAGAGAGUUGCAGCUUCCAAGGAAGGUUGGGGUUAUCGAUUAGUUUUCUCCGCCCGUCUGGUUGGAGUUUUCCUCGUUGCUGAUGCAUUAUUUCUUGGGGUUCAGCAAGUGGGUCGUUAUCUUCAGGAUAUAAGAUCUCACUGAGGGUAAUUUGGCACUUUUGACGUCAUCCCAAGGAGUAUGUUUUUCAGUUAUUGUCACCUUAUAGAGACUGGAGAAUCAUGAGGAUACCAAUUUUGGAAACUCAAGUAUCACUAAUGAGAACUGCUUUCACACUACCUCAAUCAUUGUCAUGUUUUUUCCACCCUAAUAUCUCGGUCAACUGAGUUGUGUAUAAGCAUGUAUGCCCUGUGCUCAUGUCAAUAUAUACAGCUUGUUGAAGCUGCCUCUUCUAUUUAUUGUCUUAUUGAGAACAGUUUGUAAAAUAAAGUUUGGUUAAUCAGCUGCUGCUGUUUAGAAUUUAAUUCUUUUUUCUUUGAUUUCUACUGCCUUGUAAGUUUGCAUCAUCUAAGAUGUACAUUUUUCCAUUCCAA